GGAAAAUUGAAAGCUCAUCCUCACCAUCAUCUCCUCAUCGACAGCACCACCAUCAAUAAUAACAACAACAACAACAACAACAACAUUGAAUAUAAUUUUGAUGAUUCGAUUCAAUGAAAAAAAUUCUUAUUCUGUAACAAUCAGAAUCCAGAUUCUUUAUUUUCAAGUGUGGCUGUUUUUUUUUAAAAAAAUUGCAUCGUGUUUUUAUAUAAUUCACAUGUUGUGCACUAUUCUAUGUGAAAUUUGAUCAACCUCGAAGAAAUAAAAUGAUCUAAACACCCUGGUUAUUGGUUUUCGAUUUGCAAAUAUUUUUUUUUUUUUUUUUUUUAAUUCGUUUUCUUUUUCGUUACUGGUGAUGGUAAUGGGUGAUGAGAUAAAGAUACGUUAUCAUAAUGGGUUCGACAAAAUAAAAUAUUCUGAUAAUUCAAAAGAAAAUUUGGCCAUCAUUAAUCGUACGACAACAGUGACAACGACAACAUCUGUGUAUCAGACAUCAACAGUGAAUAUAUUAGAUGAUUCCUGUAAAAUUAUCAACAAUAACAAUAAUAAUAAAACAUCAGCAACAAUCACAUCAUCAUAUCGUAAAGAUAAUAAUAAUACAAAUAUUAAACAUUAUCAUCAAAACAAUAAUAAUAUGCCCGAUGUUGAUGAUGCAAAUAUGCAAUGGUUUCAUGGAAAAAUUACCCGAGAAGAAGCCGAAUCAUUGCUAACACCAAGAGAAGAUGGACUAUUUUUAGUACGUGAAAGUACAAAUUUUCCUGGCGAUUAUGCACUUUGUGUCUGUUAUAAUGGUCGUGUUGAACAUUAUCGUGUCAUCUAUAAUGAUAAUAGAUUUACAAUUGAUGAAGAAGAAUUUUUCGAUACAUUAAUCGAAUUGGUUGAACACUAUUGCCUUGAUGCAGAUGGUCUUUGUACAAGGCUACGUGAUCCGGUGGUAAACAAGUUAGUCAAUAAUAAUUUAACAACCAACAAUAACAACAACAAUUUCAGCAACAACAACAAUAAUAACAACAGCAGUAAUAAUAACAACAGUAAUAACAAUAACAAUCAAGCAUCAUCAUUAUUAUUGGAUCCAAAAGCAUUUGAAGCUGCUGGUUGGGUAAUACGUAUGAAUGAUCUGAAAUUAGGUGAAAUACUUGGUAAAGGUGAAUUUGGUGAUGUAUUACUUGGUUCAUUACAUGGACAAAAAGUAGCUGUUAAAAAAUUAAAAGAUUCAAAUUCAAAAGCUGCACAAGAUUUUCUAACCGAAGCAUCAUUAAUGACAUCAUUAAGACAUAAAAAUCUUGUACAAUUAUUGGGUGUUGUAUUUGAUGGUCCAUCCAUUUGUUUUGUUACCGAAUAUAUGGCUAAAGGAUCAUUAGUUGAUUAUCUUCGUUCACGUGGUCGUUUACAUGUAACAAGAAAAGAUCAAAUAGCAUUCGCUGCUGAUACAUGUGCCGGUAUGGCAUAUCUAGAAUCAAAACAAGUAAUACAUCGUGAUUUAGCCGCUCGUAAUGUACUUAUCUCCGAAGAAGGAGUAGCCAAAGUUUGUGAUUUUGGUCUUGCACGUGAUCAAACACUUGGAUUGGAUGGUGGAAAAUUUCCAAUCAAAUGGACGGCACCAGAAGCACUUCGUUUUGCAAAAUUUUCCAAUAAAUCUGACAUGUGGAGUUUUGGUAUUCUACUAUGGGAAAUCUAUUCAUUUGGUCGUGUACCUUAUCCACGAAUUCCAUUAGCUGAUGUUGUUAAACAUGUGGAAAAAGGUUAUAGAAUGGAAGCACCUGAAGGUUGUCCAAAUGAAAUCUAUGAUAUCAUGAGACAAGCAUGGCAUUUUGAUCCAGAUUGUCGGCCAACAUUUUCAAUAAUUUCACAAAAACUGGAUCAACUUCGUGCAUUGACCACCUGAAAAAAAAACAAUCAAAACAUUUUUUUUUAAAGGAAUUCCAAAAUGUCACAAAAACCACAAAAAAUUUUUUUCUUUUGAAUUGAUUCACACAUUUAUUUAUUUAACACACACAUACACAUGAAAAUUAAUAGUCGCGCAAUCACAUUUACAUUUUUUCUCUCUCUCUUACCCUUUCAUGUUUAGAGGGUGUGUGUGUGUGUGUGUGUAGGUGUUUUGUUGUCCAUUUUUUUCCCGAAUUUUCCUAAAAAAUCCACUUGUAAAAUUUCUUUUCUUUUUUUUGGCCAAUCUAAUUUUUUUUUUUUUUUUUUGUACAGUUAACCGUAUUAUCUGUUAAUAAAUGAAAAUUUUUUUUUCAAAUUCAAUUUUGUGUGAAAUUGUCCAGAAAAACAAAGUUCUUUUCUCUGUCAACAGAAGGCAGCACUUUCACAUGAUGCCUUUUACUUCGAAAAAAAAAUUAUCGAAUGAUUGAAAAUAUAGCAGAAUU